AUGGCGCCACAGUUCCUUCUGCUGCAGGCCCAGAACGCGUACGAGACCUUCAUGAAGGACUCGAACCUGUCCAUCAAGCGCAACACGAGGGCAAUCGUGACCAUGUCCGAGGCCAAGGCCAAGAGGGAGCAGGAGCUCACCAGCAGCAAGCAGGACGUGGCAGCUACGCUGAAGGUGUUGGAGAACUUGCACAACAUGGCGGGGGAGCUGAAUGACAGGUGCAGCUGGCUGCUCAAAAACUUCGACAAGCGCCAGGAGGCGCGCGCCGCCGAGGUCGACGCGCUCAAGGAGGCCGGCGGCCCGCGCGGCGACCCUGCCUCUGCGCACCGCCGAGGCCUCCAGCUGAGGCGCUGGCCCCUCACCUUCGAGACGCCGCAGCGGGGCGUCCGGGGGCGAGCCCGCCGGUGUCGGCUGCAGGGGCUGGAUCCCCUCGCGUGCUUCUUGCUGUCGCCCACCCCCUGGAGCACCGCCGACGCCAAGGCGCGCCGCGCCUCCCGCGGCGCCCCCGCCACUGCCAACGCCGUGGCCGCCCCGUCCCGCGCGAGGCCCUUCGCGCGGCUCCUGCAGAGCACGAUGCCCCCCAACGGGGGCAGACUGGGUUUCUUCCUGCUGUGCCUGCGGGAAGGACCGGCUGCCACCGUCUCCCUGGAGGCCAGCCGUCAUCGCAACCGCCAGGGCCGGGCGCGCGCCCUGCACCCCGACAAGCAGCCACCGGGCGCCACCGACGCGCAGAGGUCGAGGGCGAAGAGGGCCUUCCAGCCUCCGGGCCACGAGCCGAGCGGGGCGGUGGUCAGCACGGUGGCCAGGGAGGUGCACGACGGCCUGCGCGGUGCGAGGGCGGCCGCGCCGGACAGCGGCUGCCCAGAGGGCGCCGCCGCCGCCGGCGCGGCUCCCCGCGCAGCGCGUGCCGCCCGGCGCGAGGCGGACGCGCCGGCCGACAGGGCGCGCGCCCAGGCCAGGGCCGAGGAGGACGCGAGGCGGCGCCUGGAGCACGAGGAGCGCGACCGGCGGGAGCAGGCCGAGGAGCGCGAGCGGCGGCGGCUGCAGGCCCGGCUGCAGGAGCGCGCCGACGGGCUCGGCGCCACCUGGGUGUUGCCGCCCCGGGCGCGCGGAAGGCCCCGGACGGAGUGGCGCGGCUGGGACCCCGACGGUGAAGCCGAUGAUGGUAGCGACACGUCGAGCACUUUGAGCUUCGACAUCCACAUCGACCUCCAGGGCCUCGACCUGGACAACCUGGAGCUCAUCGAGGAUGAGACGACAGAGGCCCAGCUCAUGGGGCUUGGAGGCGGCGAGCGCUGGACCAUCAACGUGGCCCCGCCACCGCCGCAGGCUUCGCAGGGCUCGAGCAUCCUGCUGGUCCCCUGGAUCUUGGAAGGACGAGCCGCAGCAGUGCCGCCCGGCGCGGGCCCCUUCGGGCGGCCGGCCAUGGCGGCCGCCGCCCCGAAGGCGGGCGACAGCGUGGAGGUCGUCGGAUUGGCGACGCCGGCGGGGCGCGCGCUCAACGGCCAGAAGGGCGUGGUGGUCCAGUUCCACGAGGCCAAGGGCAGCUUCGAGGUCCAGCUGGGGCGCUCCGACCGGCGCGUCAGCCUGAAGCUGGAGAACUUGCUCGUGGACCAGCCGCGGAGGACCGACGAGGAGAAGGCGGCGGCCACCAGGAUCCAGUCCGUGCACCGCGGCAAGCAGGCGGGCAGCUUGGGAUACAGCCACAAGGUCACGGCGGCCGCGGGCCCGGCUCGGGACGAUCCCCCGAGCCUCAGGCCCGCCGCCGCCAGCGCCGCCCUGCCUGAGCUGCCCGACGCCGCCUCGGAGGAGGACCCCGCCGUCCCUGAGGCGUCCGAGGCCGCCUCGGAGGAGUGGUGCCUCUCGGCAAGGUGGAGCGCGGAGGGGGACGCCGAGAAGACCGCGCAGGGGUCCGAGGAGGAGAACGCUGCAGCAGCCAAGAUCCAGGCCGUGCACCGCGGCAAUCAGGCGCGCGGCUUGGUGCAGGAUCAGCGCACGGCGGCCGCUUUUCUAGCUCGUGAGGACCCCCCGCAGGGGACCGACGAGGAGAAUGUUGCGGCAGCCAAGCUCCAGGCUGCCUUUCUGGCUCGUGGGGACCCCCCGCGGGGGACCGACGAGGAGUAUGCUGCGGCUGCCAAGAUCCAGGCCGUGCACCGCGGCAUACAGGCUCGCAGCUCGAUAGAGCGCAAGCGCACGGCGGCCCUCAGCCUAGUUCGGGAAGAACCCACGCAUGGGACAGACGAGGAGAGCCCUGCAGCAGACGGGAUCCAGGCCACACGCUGCGGCCGACAGGCGCGCAGCUCGGGGGCCAGUGGCGCCGCCAGCUCAGCUCGUGAAGACCUCCCGGUCGGAAACGACGAGGAGCACGCGGCGGCAGUCAGGAUCCAGGCCGUGCACCGCGGCAAGCGGGCGCGCAGCUCCGCAGCCAGCAAGCGCAAAGCGGGAACCGACGAGGAGCAUGCGGCAGCCGCCAGGAUACAGGCCGCGCAUCGCGGCAAGCAGGCGCGCAGGCCGCACGCGGCGGCGGCUGGCCCGGCCCGCGGAGAGGAG